UGUAGGAGGGGCUGUUCUGCCGAAUUAAGGUUUCUUGGCUGCUUUUCCAAAUCCUGCUGCGAUGGCCGAGGAUGCAGAGUUCUCAUCCUGCUUCUGACUGUGGGCUCCUUGUUGGAGGUACUUGCGAGAAUGAACAAGACCUGUGAAAUGAAAUACAGAACGAUGGACAGCCCUCUGGGGAAGAUCGAGAUCUCUGGCUGCGAGCAGGGUCUGCACGGGAUAAAGCUGCACGGCCGGAAGAUCCCAGACACUGACCCCGUGGAGGCCCCCGCUCCUCCUGAGCGGCUCGGAGGUCCGGAGGAAGUGACGGAGCCCCUGGCGCAGUGUGCGGCUUGGCUGGGUGCCUAUUUCCAUGAGCCCGCGGUCCUCGAGGAGCGCCCCGUGCCUGCUCUUCACCAUCCCAUUUUCCAGAAAGAUUCGUUCACCAGACAGGCGCUGUGGAAGCUGCUGAAGGCUGUGAAAUUCGGAGAGACGAUUUCUUACCAGCAAUUAGCGGCCCUGGCGGGCAACCCCAAAGCAGCGCGGGCCGUGGGAGAGGCGAUGAGAAGCAAUCCUAAUGUCCAUCUACUCUUGCUGAUUUGCAAAACCUCAUCGCAUACUGAGAAGGUGAACCCUUUGUGGCAGGACACUUUCUGUCUCCCCUGGUGUCUGCAGCCCCAUGCCAGCCUGGGUCCUGCUGGUCCCACAGUCGUGGAAGAAGGCAGUGAAGAGCUCGGUCCCUUGUAGGAGGGAACGUGUCAGGUGAGUGAGCUGUGGUCCAUGGCCACCAUCAGCACGGCGGUGGGCGUGGUCUGAGGGGCAGGGUGAUGCGUGCUGUGCCGGUGUUUGCUUCUGAUCCUUCGUUUCUGUUCUGCCCAGUGCCUCUGACUGUUGUGGUUCAUUCUGACUCUACCACCCAGACCUUCUCCGUUCAUCAUGUCCUUGUCCUGUCCCCAUUGUCAUCUGGAAUGGUGACAAGCUUUUACUGCGCCCUGGCUGGGUGUUGGCCAAAGGGCUCAGCCCUUGCAGUCCAGUCCCUCUGGCACUGCCUCGGUGGCCCCAGCCUGUCCCUUUCCUGUCCGUGCGCCGGGUGAAUGGCUCCCCUGCCUGCACUGCACAUGCCACGUGGACCCAAGAGGCACCGGGUACACACAGGCGUCCAGUUUCCCCAGCCAUGUGGGUCCACCUGUGGACCAUGAGGUGACCUGAGAACAGCAGGGAUGAAGCACUCGGGAGCAGCUCUUUGCCGGCCUCCUGUAUGUUGCAAAGGCCCCGGGGACAUGAGCCUCUGCCCUUGGUUUCGGGUCUGUGAACCGGUGACAUUGGUUGUAUCCUGAGCUCCAGCUGAUACUGGGCCGGACAGACCAGUUUCCAGCUCGCAGCCUGUCCAGGUGGCCUGGCUGAGCCAGGCCCCUCGAGCCCUGGGGCACGUGCCCUCCUGACUUGGCUGGGAGGGAGGUAUGGUGGUUCUCACUCCAUCCAGAUGGCCUCGCUCGCUCUUCCUCUCUCUCUCUCUCUCUCUCUCAUUAAUUCCUGAAGGUCUCUGAAGCCUAAAUCGGGAAAAAACAGAGGGUUUGGAGACAGGAGACUUUGUUUGGCAUCGGGCCCUGGUCGUUCCAGCCUUGUGACCUUGGGCCGGUCACCUGCCCCCUGCAAACUGAAGUGUUGUCACCCGAGAGAGGGGAGCCAGAUCCAGCACAGAGCCCCAUGGGUCGGCCAGACAGGAUCCUGUGACAGGUGUCCCUCGACCCUCCGGUGCCACAUGUGAGUGAGGCACGAUGCUUAUCUGCUAUUUGGAAAGGUGUUGGGUAUUCUGCUCGCUGAGAAAUUGUAUUUUAAGAGGUGGUUUCUGAGGAAUCUUGAAUCACAAGUGAUGUUCACUUCUGUGCUGAAGUAGUGACUACCCCGAUCUUGUCCGGAGCCCCAUCCUUCCGACACACCCACACUAAGUCCCAGAUGCUCGGUGGUUCAGCGCAGCCUCGACCGGGUGCCCUCGAUGUAGAGAUAGGAAGGUGAGGAAAGCACGGCCUUGGCUCGUCCUCAGAAAACCCAGAGUCCUUCCAGGGUACAACAGGAGACCCCUGGGAGAACUCCCAGGGCAGGCUGUGCUCAGGAGUGAACGCUUGGGCUCCGACUGGAUGGCCAAGUGGGACUGGCCGCGUUUUCUCUCCACCCCACAUCGUAAGCUCUUGGGGUGUAGGGCAUACUCCACGUGGCUCCACGUGGGGUGACACAGAGCAGAUCCAGGGCGUGGCGGGUACGAACCAAAACUCACUGCAAUCCCAAGAGAACGUGUCUCUGUUGGCCGCCCUCAGCGGAUCAUGACUGCAGACCUAGAAAUCACUGUGGGUUCCGCCGAGGAUGUCCCCGGGUUAAGCCUCAGCUGGACUCAGAGCUGACGGGCACCUGCUGCUGUCGUGGGUCCACUUUGCCAGACCCGGGCGGUGGGGAGACCGCGUCUGAGUCUGCACGGGGUCCAGAGCCUAUCCGUUUGUCCCCAGGCCGGGGGCUGGGAGCCAUGUGCGUGCUGGCUCCCCAGACCCGGACCGGCAGCCCCGCUCCCCGUGAAACCCACAGCCCUAUACUGGGGAUGACAAAUGACCAAAAAAUCAAUUUGUAAUCUGAUUGGAGGUUUUUGAUUUCCUCUGAUGAGUUUAAAUUUCAUUAAAAGCAACCUUAUUCCAACAUAAAAGGAAUCCUUGAAGGGUAAAGCAGGGGAUUGUCUCACCGAGUAUAAAGCAUCCCGACUCCUUUGUGUGAUUUAUUCAUCGCGUUAAUUGUGAGGGCCAACCCAGGGUGUCCGUUGGCAGCUGUGCCGUUAUCAGGGCCUGGGAUCGGCCGGGCGGGCUCAGAGCACAAGGACUCACAUUCAAAACUCGCUCUCUGGCAUAUUGACACUUGAGUUAUCAACAACUCUUAUUAUCUGCUGGGAGGGAGCUGGCAGCUCCUGGGGACAGAAGGAGCCACAAAUCCCGCCGCAGCCGCCCCUCUGCAUUCUCUUAAUUGUGUGUAUUCUCUGGAAAAAGUGAUCAUCGCAGCCUCUUGUCUUGAUGAGAAAUUGACAUUUUCUGAGGACUUCUCUGGGUGCCGGGCGGGGAGAUAAGGCCGGGGCUAUUUUGGGGGAGGGCGGGCGCCCCUCCUUUCGGGGGCCUCUUUAUUGCCCCCGUUGACCCGCUUGAUGAGUAUGGAUUUCAUGAGGUCUUUUUCAGCAUUUGAACUAUAAAAGGUUCAGAAUGACACCACCCCUUAUAGACAAAAGAUAACCUUGCCCUUUGAAUAUAUCGAUUCUUUAUUAACUAGGCUGUUUAAUGCAAUGAAAUGAGGCAUUAGAUUGAAGCCCAUUUCAAGUGCUUUGAAUAAUCUUUAAAAGCUUGGAAGACCCUGGAAGGUGGCCUGACAGUAAUUGGCACACAUUUGGCGAGAAUGCAGUUCUCAGUUCGGAUUCAAAACACAAACAUAAAAUAAUUUCCCUCCCCGCUGGUCACAGGGCCCAGGCGAGCAGCUCAGAGCGGCAGCCCCUGCCACGCCCCUGAGCAGGCAUCGCUGGUACCGGCUCAGAGUGGGGAAGGAGGUGAGGUUGGUGCCCAGCACGCAGGGGAAUUGGGGGGGGAGGGGCUGGCUGCAGCCUUGUACCCCAUGAGCCUCUUUCUUCGCUGUCUCUUUAAGGCUGAAACGAGAAUGCAGUCAGAGAAACCUGAUUGUCAUUGACAGGAGAAAAAGGUAUUCACAAGUUUCUUUAUGUUUUGGAUAAUCAUUCCCUGUUUUGCUCAGCAGAACAAGUAAUUAAGAUGACAUUUGUGAGUACUAAUUUGGAUCACACUUAUGUGUAUGUGUUGGAGAGCUGCAAGCCAAAACAUGCAAAACCAGCCUUUCAUUGAGGAGCAAAUGAAAACUACAGAAUGAAACGGAGUGGUGCUGCUGAAAAGGCACAGGAGCUGAGCACAGCUGCAAAAAUCAGAGCCCCGGUGCUGACGGCGCAUCUCAUUAGAGCCCUGCCGUUGGCCACACCUCCGUGCGGCCCAGGGGCCGGCGCAGUGCAUGGGGCCUGUCACACCACGGCCGUGGACCUGCCGUUGGCGACGGUGUCCCUCAGGUCAGGGUUCAGUGGCACUGGUGUCCGGAGCCCUGGUGCCUGCCCGUCCAACCGGAGCUUUCUGAGCUGGAUCUUGUCCCGGUGGAGCACGGUGACAGGGACAGAGGAGCACAUGUCUGGAGUAGCCAGAAUGCUUGCCCUCUACCUGCCAGUCCUCCAGUUCAGAGGCAGGGGCUGAGGCAGGAGGGCCUGGAGCAGGGGUGGGGGUGACCAAGCCCCCAGCGAGUCUCGAGACUGUCUAUGGGCCACAGUGCUGCUCUGGCCCCCAGGUCUGACCCACAGUCGUGUUCCCAUGUGCCGGCGGGCGUGCAACACACGUACAGGUGGCCCCUCUGGGGACCAGAGGCAUCUGAGUAACUACAAGGAACUCUCCGUGCGGCUUAGAUGAGCGUUUGAGGGCAGAUAACCUUGGAGAAGGUUCUUCUAUGAACCAUUUUCAUCCUGGCCAAGGGAGCUCUGGGAGUGCAGAUCAACCCCACCCACCCGGCCAAUGUAACUGUUGCGUGUUGAGCAAAGCCAUUUUAAUAAUCAAAACAGAUCAAAUUACCCAAAGUGAAAUUCACAGACAAGAAAUACUUUAAUUAAAUAUUGUGUAAAAUGAACAUUUUUAUACAGUUAAAUAUCUGAAAAAAUGUACAGAUAAAACAAUCUUAUUGUAGGGUUUUUAACAGUAAAAUCUACCAUUUAGUGGAGCGCUCAGUUUUGAGACGAUGAAGCCAUGAGGGCGACUAAUUAAUCUAAAACACAAACCAAGUGCAGGGACAAGGAGACUUGCGAAUGUCCUUAACGUGUACACGUGAGCUCAUUUUUAGGUCAAACCCUUACUUAUACAAAAUAAAACGGAGGCAACAGAGUUCCAGAGUGACUCCUCAGGCUGGUCGCAGGGCCAGAGUGUGACCCGCUAACCCCUGGGGACGUUCUGAUCCUUUGAUUUAGUCCCUUGAAUGGACACUUUCUUAAGUCCUGCAUUGUUUUGUUUUGGUUUCUGUCAAGAAAAAUUUUUAAAGUCCCUCCUUUUUGUUUUAGAUUUGAUUUCUGCUGCAGUUUGCAAACCGUUUGCUGUGCUGUGUCUGCAAAGGGAAAAAAGAAACGACCCUCUUGGUCUCACGGCAGGUUUGGCACUAGCAGGUACAGUGUCUGAAGGAGGUCAUUAUCCAGUUUAAAAAGUACAGACAGUGCUGCUGGGUUCUGACCACAAAAAACGUAUUGUUAAAAAGGAAUUUUAAACGAGGGGUGAUUGUGGGUCCCCUGAAACCUCUCUGAGUCGGAGGUGGGCUUGGGAGGACACAGGACACAGCAGAACCAGAUGCAGAAAGGAGCGACACAGGGGUCUCCGGGCGUGUGCGUGUGCGUGUUUUACACCGUAAAUCUCCAAAUGAAAUACUGAUUGACAAUUGUGGGGUAAGCCUGUGAUCAAACAGCACAAAGGUUCUUUAAAGAAGUCCACUUUUAAGGCAUCAGAGAAGUUAAUGUGGCAAACAUUUUCAUUAAAACAUCAGAAGUAAAUUUUAUUUUAAACUUUAGGCCUCUGAAUUUUUCCAGUAAACACAGUUCAGCUAUGUGGCAAAGUCAUGGGUGGCAGCUGAAAUGACUUUUUACAUGCUACAAAAAAAAUAAAACAGAAGGAGGACACAGCCCCAACGGUGUCGCCUCUUCGUGGCCGCUCCACAUGCACGGAAUCUACGAGGGUUUGUCACAGCGGGUGGCACCGUUUUGUUGUGACUAUACAACGAACUUUUUUUUCUUCAAAAGUAUUUGUUCAGAUAACUUAAAAAUAAUAUAAAAAUAAACAAUGAAUUUGACUUUUCCUCAAAAAAACAAAAAAAGGACGGAAAGUCUAAACAAACAAUAGCAAAUUUUGGAAGUACAAAUGAAAUGCAAGGACGUUGGUUCACUGAACGAAACAGAUCAAACAAGUUCUUGGCUUUAAUGCUCUUCCCCAGCAUCACAACACCAGGCCAUGAUCAAAAACCAACGCAGACAAGAAAAAAAAAGGAACUGAAAAUGGUGGGAAAAGCAGUGUACAAAAUUUCAAAGAUAAAUACAAUAUUUAUAAUUGAUAUGUUACAAAAUAAAGUCCCUUAGCAACAGCAAGUGUUCAUGGAAAAGUAAGUAAGUGUUGAAUGGAGACCAUUUUAUUCCUUAUAAGACGCAUAAGGAAUAAAACUCGUUUUUUUCCCCUAAAUAUUUAAGUGGAUCUGAAAAAAAUUCAAGACAAGUGUAUAAAUAUUUAGCUACAACUUUGGCAAAAUCACAAAAGUCUACAAUUUUAUAACCACAUACAAAACACAUCAGGGAAGAAGGAUCUAGAAGUCAAAAGGACAAUUUCUGGUACAAGAAACAUGGACCUCACAGUAGCCUAAGAAUGCAAUAGUAUACAGUGCUAGCAAAAGUUGAAAAAAAUGUCGCAGAUCACACUUGCUUAAAACAGGAAGCUCUAGCAGUGGGAGAAUAUUUUAACCAACAGACAGUAGCAUUUUUUUUUUUCCUCUGUCAGUGUGCUUGUUGAAGGCAAGAGAAUUCAAUAUCAAAGUUACAAUUUCUAACUACAAUAAGUUACAAAGUUCCGUUUCAUUAAGAUGAAGUUAAGCAACGAUAAACCCUCCCUCCCCCCCGCCACCCCAAUUCUCCUACUCAUAUAGUCUUCCUUUCUUCCAGUUUGAUGGCUCAGACCUCCUUGGCCCCCUUUUGUCACCACAAAAAAAUAUUUCACAUUAUAGAGAUACACAACCAUUGUGAAUCUAAGUAUGAGUACAGAAAAAUGUUUGGAGGCGUUUUUCAUCAGUGUUUCAUGAUCAUCAAAAUGGUGCAUUCACAAAGUUUCUCCCAACACAUAGCAAGUACUAGACAGAGCCAAGACGGAGUCAGAAACUUUAUACAAAAUAGGCAUCGCUUUGUUCUCCUUAUUCUUCAGGACUGAGAAAUGUGAAAAUAUGAGAAAAGUUCAGUCAAUAAAAUGGA